AAUGUAAAGCACGAAAAAUCUACAGGUUGGGUCAAACCGGUUGUCCCUACUUAUUCUGCUCCACCUGUAACAAAUGAUGUUAGUGUCCCAACAGGGACGCCUAUAAUUCCAGGUCUUUUACCAGGAAUGACUGCAAUUCCCGCUGUACCUGGGCAAGAUAUUGCUUCUGCGAAUGCUAAAAUAUUUGCACUUGAUAAUAAAAAUAAUCCGAAUAGAAAAGUAGAAGGUGCAUUAAUAGAGACAAGUUUCAAAAGUACAAUUGGAGUUUUAUUAGAUGAUUUCUCAGAGAAUUUUGGAAUGCGUGAAAAAGUAGCAAAUUAUUAUUUGGAGCAAAAUAAAGAUUUUUGGAUCAAAAAAGCACAUAUGCAAACAAUUUUUACUGAACAUCGACAAGCUUAUCGUACUUUUUUUUAUUCUGAUAAGAAACAAUUGACAUUGCCUCCAGAAGAAGUUUGGGAAUUUAAUCUUG